AUGAACAUCGACAGACCAGGACGCCGCAUCCGCCUACCAUGGCACCGACGCAAGGAGAACCUGCCAGGUGACGAUGAGACGAUGGUCUCUCGGCGGGUGCCCUUGAUCAGCAAGCUGCCUUUGACCGUGAAGAACCACUUUGUCGCCAUGAUGGGUGAGUUCGCCGGCACAUUUCUGUUCCUCCUCUUCGCCCUGGGCGGCACCAACGUCGUCAAUGCCGCUCCAGAACAAGGCCAGCCUCAGGAUCUCGCUGCCAAUCCGGCAAAGUUGUUGUUCAUUGCGCUGUGCUUUGGUUUCUCCCUUGCCGUCAAUGCCUGGGUGUUCUUCCGGAUUAGUGGCGGCCUGUUUAAUCCUGCGGUCUCUCUCGCCAUGAUGAUCGUUGGAGCAUUGCCAUAUGUUCGAGGUUUUCUCAUUAUGAUAUCGCAGAUUCUUAGUGGCAUUACCGCGUCGGCCGUCGUGUCAUGCAUGCUCCCCGGUCCACUAAAUGUUCGAACAACUCUUGGUGGCGGCACGUCCGUGGUGCAAGGUCUUUUCAUUGAGAUGUUCCUCACCGCACAACUGGUGUUCACAAUCUUCAUGCUGGCAGCGGAGAAACACCGCGCCACGUUCAUCGCUCCCAUCGGUAUCGGCCUGUCCCUCUUCAUCGCCGAGCUAAUGGGAGUCUACUACACGGGCGGAAGUCUCAACCCAGCUCGGUCUUUCGGUCCCUGCGUCGUCCUCCGCUCCUUCACCCCUUACCACUGGAUCUACUGGGUCGGUCCUAUAUUGGGUGCUCUGCUGGCUUCCGGCUUUUACAUGUUUAUAAAAGCGCUCGAGUAUGAAACUGUCAAUCCCGAACAGGAUGGAGAGGGUAAUGAAGGCAGAGCGUUUGAUCCACACUCAGGUGACGAGAAGAAGGUCGACCCCUCCCGACCUCUUGAGGCUGGACACUAUCGAUGUCGUGAUAAGCAUCAUUCCACUAGUGGCCGGCUUAGUUCUCCUAGUGAUGGGGUUGCCCCCGACGAGGCACGGUAUGGGAGGGAGAGUGAUGAUACAGUGGUUGCUGCCAAGAGAACUGUUGGUGAUCCUGCAAACUGCAAGGGACGUAAACCGGAUCUCGAAGCUGGUUUAGGCUCGCCUCCGCAUUGA